GGAAAGGAAUACACGUUACCUGAAAUAGAAAGUCAUGUCGUGCCGAAAGAGUAUUUAGCUCCCGAUGAAACUAAAUGGAACUUGAGGUUCUCCAGUGGCUUGAAUGCGACAGAACAAAAACAUACUGGAUUAAGAGAACAAACAGGUCCUCGUUAUAGGCGACAUGAAAUGACGUUCUUAACCCCUUCUUGUUUUGAAUUGCGCUUAAAGGUUUUCGUUAUACCGGACCAAAAAAGUAGAUACCAAAGUGCUAAAUGUCCUCACGAAAUACACAAUGUGAUAAUGAGCUCUGACUCUCCUCCGUACUUCUACAUCUGCGAGGCCACCUAUAAAACAGCUUUGGUAGACAUCUUUGAGCCUUCAGCACAAGUGGACAUUCGCCUGAUAGCCGAAGCAAAUUUGAUUUCGCCUUCAAGUGCAGAAGCUGUAUUAUUUCAAGAAGCAUCAAUUUUUUAUAAGUUUGUCAAGAACAACUUGAAAAUUACCGAUCAGGGAGAAAUGAUGCUUUCACAAGAAAAGAUUCCCAAAGACUUCGAUGUCCGAUACUCUCGGGUAGCUGAACGGACCUCAUAUAGGGUCAGAUCUCCCGAUGGAAACCAAUUUACAGCUCGGCUAUCACAUGAGACCCACAACGAUAUUGAAGGAACAAGAGAACUGUUUGGAGACUUGGACAUCCAUCUCCUUAUUAAUAAUUGUUCUUCUAUGACUUCAAAACAAGUAAUUGAACAAGUACCACAUCUGCUGAAUUGCGCACGACGAUUGGCAAGGGUGUUUGAAAAUGAAUCAGAUCAAAACAUAGUGCCGUCGGAGAUCCUUGCGCGUGGCCAAAGAGCACAAAGUGCCUAUCAGACAGCAUUGAAAAGUGGGAAAGUCAAAAACUGUCGCGUGCCCAUAGUUUUGGUUGGCCAAUCCCGAUCUGGAAAGACAAGUUUACUCAGGUCAAUUCAUAGAGAGGAAUUUAAUCCUUCCGAAGACAGCACCAUUGGUGCAAAGCUUCAGCGAUCACUAUCCAAGGCAGAAGAUGAUGACUGGCACAAAACCAACACUGACGAACACACAGUUUACAAUCGAUGUGCUGCAAGAGCAAUGAUACCACACUUGCUGGUGGUAUAUUCCAUGGAUUCGAAUGACGACGAUGAUAACGAUGAACCCGAAUUCAAUAAAGAAAACUUAAUACCAGUAGACAACAUCGUAARCAACAGCUUAGAAACAUCUUCAGAAGAGGACAAGCCYCUCAYCWUUGAAGAAAACCUCAAGGUGGAUAGCGACGAAGAAAUAACACAAGAAGAUUUCGAAAAGAGUCUCAAUGGURAUGUCCAACCAAAACAGCUUCCAGAGCAAGUUGCAAUAUGCGCCAAGAAUAUUUUAGAAAACCCUGAAUCUGCAAAGCAAAUGGAAAAUGAUCUGUUUUUACACACCAUGGACUUUGCAGGACAACCAGUCUACAGUGUCACGCACCCAGUGUUCCUUCCCCCGAAGGGGAUCUUUCUUCUUGUCCAUAACUUGGAAAACGAUCUGCAUGCUCAAGCGACUCCUAUGGUAAAAUGUGGAGCAGCAGAACGAAUAAUCGACAAUCAUUGUCCAAUGACCAAUAUGGAUCAUUUGGAAUCCUGGUUGUCAUUGAUUGCAGCUAAUUCAACUCUCGAAGGUGGUUCUCCAGUCUUUGUGGUCUCUACUCAUGCUGAUAAACCGUUUAAGCCUGAUGUCAAACAGACUGCAAGACAAAUGCUCCAGAAUCUCAAGAGGGAGGACUUUGCACCAAGAAGUCAUGUUGUUAACGGCUUAUACACUGUAGAUAACACAGUCUCAGGAAGUGGAGGUCCCGAUGACCCUGGCGUACAAAGAUUAAAAGAUGCUCUAUCUAAUGAAGCGAGGAACCUUCCACAACUUAAUGAGGAUAUUCCUAUUGGUGAGUUAUUCUCAACCUUUUUGUCCAGAAUUGUAGCUAUCUAUCUAUUCGCUUGGCAACAGUCUCAUUCUUUGUGCUUUCACUUCGCUAUAGGAGAGAAAUUCAACCCUUCGGAAGACAGCACCAUAGGUGCAGAACUGCAGCGAUCACUAUCCAAGGCAGAAGAUGACGACUGGCACAAAACCAACACUGACGAACACACAGUUUACAAUCAAUGUGCUGCAAGAGCAAUGAUACCACACUUGCUGAGGCCAGAUUCCAUGGAUUCUGAUGAUGAGGACAACGAUGAUAACAAUGAAUACGAAUUGUACAAUGAAAACUCCACAUCAGAUAACUUCGUAAGCAGCAGCUUAGAAACAUCUUCAGAAGAGGACAAAGAUCUCAAAUUUAAAGAGAAUUAUGAAAUGAAUAACGAAGAAAUCGCACAAGAAGAUUUCGAAAAGAGUCAUACUGGUGAGCUCCAAUCAAAACAGCUUCCAGAGCAAGUUGCAAUAUGCGCCAAGAAUAUUCUAGAAAACCCUGAAUCUGCAAAGCAAAUGGAAAAUGAUCUAUUUUUACACACCAUGGACUUUGCAGGACAACCAGUCUACAGUGUCACGCACCCAGUGUUCCUUCCCCCGAAGGGGAUCUUUCUUCUUGUCCAUAACUUAGAAAACGACUUGCACUCUCAAGCGACUCCUAUGGUGAGACAUGGAGCAGUAGAAGAAACUCUAGACGAUCAUUGUCCUAUGACCAAUAUGGAUCAUUUGGAAUUCUGGCUAUCAUUGGUUGCUGCUAAUUCAACUCUGAAACGUGGCUCUCCAGUCUUUAUGGUCUGCACUCAUGCUGACCAAAUUCCUUUACCAAAUGCAGAAAAGAUUGCAGGACAAAUUCUCGAUAAUUUAACGAGAGACAACUUUUCACCAGGAAAUCACGUUGUUUAUGGCAUGUACAUUGUGGACAAUACAGUUUCAGGAAGCGGGGGAUCCAAGUCGGACCCUGGUGUACAAAGUCUCAAAGCAGCGUUAUCUAACAAAGCGAGAAGCCUUCCUCAACUCGAUGAAGAUGUCCCCAUUCGCUGGUUGCUCUUUGAAAAAAGGCUCAUGAGUGUUGUUAAAAAAGAGCAGAAGAAAUACAUCUCGCAUGAAGAAGCCAAAGCCAUUGCUUUACAAAAUGAAGUAGAUGUUGAAUCAGAUGAACUCGACACUCUCUUGGAAUACCUGCAUGACUUGAAAGUGAUCAUUUAUUUCCAAAAAAUCGACAUGAUUAUAAUUGAUACACAAUGGCUGCUGGACGUGUUUGCAAAAGUAAUAACUGUUCCUCGAAUCCAGUAUCAUGAAGGGUAUAGACACGAGUGGAGGAAACUGGAACAUGAGGGAAUAGUUGAUGAGACGUUUCUCAAGCACCUCUGGAAAGACCUUUUAAACGACGACAGGCGCAUGUCCGUCAUUGUACAUAUAAUGGAAGAGUUCUCCCUCAUCUGCAAACAGCAAGAUGGAUCAUAUCUGGUUCCUGCAAUGUUGUUGAACACUGAAGAAAGCAGCGAAUUAAUAGCAGAAGUCGAUGAAAUGGUUUCUCCAUUGGUAAUUCAAUUCAAGAGCUCGAUCCUUCCCUUUGGCGUUUUUCAAAGACUCUUAAUAGCUGUGGAACAAAUGUGCACCUUGAGAUGGCCAGAUCCUUCGCCACCGUAUCUAUCGAAAAACUUUGCGAGAUUUUAUAUUGUUGAUGGCACAUUCAACCUGGUCCUCGUAUCCAAUGUGCAAACCAUUACCGUUGCAUUGAUCAAUCAAGAUCUUCGAAAUGAUCGAGACGACCAACUGUGUGCCUCUAUAUUGACAUUUCUGGACGAACGUUUACACAUAAUGAUGAAAUCAUUUCCUUGGAUGAAAAACUUGGAAUUUGAUUUUGGUAUCCGCUGUCCGGUUUGUAUCAACGCUGCGCCUUGUACUAAACACAACAAGAUUGCCUGUUCUCGAGACUCGUGCGUACACUUUGUAUCAAAGAAGGAAUUGCGGAAAAAUAUUAAACCUCGUUGCAACAAGAGUCCUUCAAAACUGAGGAACGUUAUCCCAGGUUCAAGCUAUCUGCACUGGUUUCGCGAGCAAGACAACCCUGCUGAAGCAAAGGAAGCACAAAAACAAUCCCAAGGAUUUUGCUUGGCUUCAACUUCAACAGAAGAUGACGCUCUGUGUAAGGAAGUCAUUGCUUCUGUCAAUCAAAUCUCCCUGAAGACUAUUUCACGGGACGAGGCGACUAGAAUAGCUAAGAAAAUCGCUGAUAAAUUCAACCUUGACAAAUCUAGCACAGCCCCUCCACCAAAAGAUAUCACACAGAAGUGCAUGGCUAGCUGUAAAUGGUUGAUUGGUCAAGAAGGGGAGGUUGUUGUAGAAGCUUUACGAAAUGAGCUUCCGAGUGGAAUGACAGGUCCUUUGAGGAUUGGAUAUGAUGUCAAAGUAUGCGACAUGGAUUCUGUGACAAAAACACAGUUUUCACAAGCAUUAACAGCCAAAGAAAUGGAAUGGAAGGCUUUCGCUAAGGAGAAAGUAGGAUUAUCUCCCGACGAGAUUGAAUUUUUGGACAAACGAAAAUCAAACCCUGUUCUAGAAAUACUGAAUGAGCAUUGCCGUGACUGGUCUGUGGAACAACUUUAUGGUGCCGUUUCUAGUGUUGGAGCGGAAGCGGUCGCAGAUCGAUACUUUUAAUUCAGUAAAUAUUGUAAAUAGAAGGCGUACUAUGGCACUACAAAACGGUAUUUAAAAUACUUUUUGAGAGAACUUUGCAAGGCGGACUUACUAUUUCAUACUAUAUACUAUAUUUUUUAUUAAAAUAAGUUAUUGUAAUAAUUGAGACAAACCAGAGGGUUGGACCUCAAAGGGAUUAUAUUUUUAAAAAGACACA